AUGGAAGCAAACGGCGCAGAGAUGUGGGAGAACAACUCAGGUAGUGAAGAAAAUGGAGAACAAGAGGCAGAGUGCGAAAUGGAAAUAUCACCAAAUGGAGCCAAACAAUGGAUACCAACUGCAAAUCCCGAAGAAACACCAUAUACAGGGCAGAAAUUUAAGACAGUAGACGAAGGCAUUGAGUUCUAUAAAGCAUAUGCAAAGGCCGUAGGAUUUGAUGUUCGUCACGGCACAAUGCGAAAGACAAGAGGGGGUGAAGUGGGAAUUAAGUACAUGGUCUGUUCACGCGAAGGAUUCAAACCAACUGUGAAGGAAAAGAAUAGUCAAAAGGGAGCAGACGCCCAAAUGGUAGUUGAGGACUUGUUUAAAAAGAAGGAAAUGAAUCCAGAUUUUUACUUCGAUUUUGACCUGGACGACGGGGGAGAACUAUGCAGGUUAUUUUGGGCGGAUGGAACUUCCCGUAAGAAUUUUGCAUGCUUUGGAGAUGUGAUGUCUUUCGACGCUACAUACAGGACAAACAAGUACAGGCUAGUGUUUGUGCCCUUCACCGGGGUGGACCACCACAAAAGAUGCAUUACAUUUGAAGCAGGACUCUUAGCUAAAGAGGACACUGAAUCCUACAAGUGGCUCCUUACCAGCUUCAAAAAUGCAAUGGGGGCCACGCCGAGAUGUGCAAUAACCGACCAAGAUGCAGCAUUGAAGGUGGCAGUGCCGAAUAUCAUGCCUACGACUCGCCACAGGUUCUGUAUGUGGCACAUUAUGACAAAAGUGGGGGAUAAGGCUGGGAGUGUGUUGGCUCAAGACAAGGAAUUCAGGAAAACUCUGAAUAGUGUAAUUUGGGAUGAAACAUUGAGUGUGGAGGAAUUCGAAAACAGAUGGUUGAAGGUAAUGGAAGACUACAACCUUGCUGAAGACCGAUGCCUGGUUGAAUUUUUCAUGCAAUACAACAGCGCAAUAGAGGAACAAAUAUAUAAGCAAAACAAACUAAAUGCAGAGUGCGAAUGCUCCUUCCAGGAGACAAAAACGGCUUUACACAUGGAGCAGCAAGCAGCAACAUUGUACACUGUAAACAUGUUCUACGAGUUCCAAACGGAGAUUUGGGAAGCUAGUUUCACAUGUCAUGUCAUACAUCAAAAGGACAGUAUUGAUGUACGCACAUACACCGUGCAAGAAAAAGGGGGUAAAGCGUUCGAGGUAACAAUGCAUACAAAUGGUGAGAAAAUAGAAUGCACGUGCAAGAAAUUCAUCAGGGUGGGAAUCCUAUGCAGGCAUGCACUACUAGUUUUCAAUAGUGAAGGGGUGGAGGAAAUACCAGGAGAAUAUAUUGUACCCCGAUGGACAAGAGAUGCUGCGCAAGACCAAUGCAUAACAUCUGGUGGGCAAAAGGAGUCAACACCCAAGCAGAUAAUGAGGCACAAUCCCUGGCCAAUCAACUCUGGAAUGAAUUCUACAACUGCAUGGGUCUAG